GCACAGGGCGAGUUCAAGCAGCAGGCCGAGGAACAUUUCCGCCUGGGGUUCGAGCGUGUGGCCAAGCUGCGCGGCGAGGUCAAGCUGCUCGAGGAGCAGGAGAAGCAGCUGGCGCAGCAAUCGGUCCACGGUCUGACUGGAGCCAGAGGGGUGACGCGCGUGCGCGCGACCGUGCUCGGCAUCAGGAUCAUCCACUUGCGGCUGCUGCUCCUGGUGGCCCCCUUCCUGGUGUUGCUCAGCUUCCCCG